AUGAUUUCUCAACAAUUAAUAGAUUUUCAAGUUGAAGCCAAUGCCGAACAUACUCAUUCGAUCUGUGAAGAAUUUCACCAAAUGCAAGUACAAUUAAUUACUCCCGUUACAAACACUGAAGAACUUGUCCAGAUGACCGAUAUUUUAAAAGAAGCUACAGACAGAAAAAUAAUUACACUCGUCAAGGAAAUUAAGAAAGCUGUCAAAAGAAUAAUUUUCUUGUUGAAUAAUGCUGUUCUUCCUGAAAAAGAUUUGAUGUGUCAUAGUACUAUGCUGAGAUGGCCAAAGAAAAUGCGAAAAUUAUUUAAAACCACAUCAAUUGAAUUACGUAAGAAAAGGGAAGAAGCCGAAAAUAAAUUAGUUGACAGACUUCAUAUGCUCAAUAAUAAUAUGGAUUUCUGUGCACGUAAAGUUAAAAACCUACCUUUAAUUCAGGAAGCUACACUUGAUGAAUCAAGAGCAGCUGUAGAAGGACUACAAUAUUUACAUGAAUGUUUAGUUGAUGCAAGAGAUGAAUUAGCUGCAAUAAAUGAAGAGGAACGACUUUUAGGUCAUGAUUUGACUGUGGAACCUUCAAUACCAGUAAUGUUUCAUGAAAAGGAGCCUUAUGAAAAGUUGUGGAAUACUGCAUAUGAUUUUUUCAGAAACUAUAAAAUUUGGUACUAUGGUCCAUUUGCUGAACUAAAUGCAGAGCACAUUCGAGACCAAGUUGAAGAAAUGUGGAAAGUCAUGUUCAGAUUGGUAAAGACCUUUGCUGGGCAACCUGAUACAAGAGCUGUCGCCGAAACAAUGAAAGAGAAAAUUGAAGCUUUCCGAAAUUAUGUUCCUCUUUUAUUAGCCAUAUGUAAUCCCGGAAUUAAGCCUCGACAUUGGCAAUAUGCGAGUAGAUUCCUGCGCUUCAAAAUUGCGCCUGGACCAAAAGCAACAUUGGAAGACAUGAUACGUGUUGGAUUAAACCGACAUAUUGAAAAAGUUGAAGAACUUUCUGUAACAGUUUCUAAAGAAUUUCAGCUGGAAAAGGCAAUGGCAAAAAUGAAGGAUGAAUGGAAAGAUAUUGAAUUUGAAUUCAAACCCUAUCGUGAGACGGGUGUUCCUAUUCUGUCCGCUGUCGAUGAUAUUCAGGUGUUGCUAGAUGAUCAUAUAUUGAAAGUGCAAACAAUGAGAGGUUCUCCUUACAUAAAACCUUUUGAAGUAGAAAUGAGACUUUGGGAAGAGACGUUGCUUCUAGUGCAGGACGUUUUGGAUUCAUGGUUAAAGUGCCAAGCAACAUGGCUUUAUUUGGAACCCAUAUUCAGCUCUGAAGAUAUUAUGCAACAGAUGCCUGUUGAAGGUAGAAAAUUUAGUACUGUAGAUAAAAGUUGGCGUGAAACUGCUGCUAAAGCUGUAACUGAUCCACAUGUUCUAGUUGCAACAUCUCAUCCAAACAUGUUGCAGACUUUGCAGCAAUGCAAUGUACUUCUUGAUGAAAUUCAGAAAGGAUUAAAUGAUUACUUGGAGAAGAAAAGAUUAUACUUUCCAAGAUUUUUCUUUCUCUCAAAUGAUGAACUUCUUGAAAUCUUAUCUGAAACAAAAGACCCUCACAGAGUUCAGCCACAUCUGAAAAAAUGCUUUGAAGGAAUUGCACGAUUAGAGUUUACAAAAGACAAUGAAAUUGUUGGCAUGAUUUCUGCUGAGAAAGAAGUUGUUCCUUUAUCAAAAAAAGUUGUCCCUGCAUCUGCAAAAGGGAUGGUUGAAAAGUGGUUAGCUGAAGUUGAAGUGGCUAUGCUUGCUUCGCUGAAACAUGUUAUUGGGAAGUCCUUGUUGUCAUACCCUGAGCUACCGAGAACAGAGUAUGUCUUGAGCUGGCCUGGCCAAGUUGUGAUAUGCGUGUGCUCAGUUUUCUGGACUGCAGAGGUUGCUGAAGCACUUGAGAACAAUACCAUGGAGAAAUAUCGACAAAAAUGUAAUCACCAAAUUGAUGAUAUUGUUGAGCUUGUAAGAGGAAAAUUAGAACCUAAUAAAAGAUUGACAUUGGGAGCACUUAUUGUUAUUGAUGUGCAUGCUCGUGAUGAAGUUGCGAAACUUGCUGAUCAAAAAAUAACAGACAUCAAUGAUUUUAACUGGAUAAGCCAAUUACGCUACUAUUGGGAAAAUGAAACCAUUAUUGUUCGCAUGAUUACUACAGAUCUUGAGUAUGGCUAUGAGUAUCUUGGAAACACUCCUCGUUUGGUCAUUACUCCUUUAACAGAUAGAUGUUACAGAACACUGAUGGGAGCCUUGAAGUUAAACUUAGGUGGAGCUCCUGAAGGGCCUGCUGGGACAGGCAAAACAGAAACCAGCAAAGAUUUAGCUAAAGCUGUUGCAAAACAAUGUGUUGUAUUCAACUGUUCUGAUGGUCUUGAUUUCAAAGCUAUGGGCAAGUUCUUCAAAGGAUUAGCUCAAUCAGGUGCAUGGGCCUGCUUUGAUGAAUUCAAUCGCAUUGAACUUGAAGUAUUAUCAGUCGUAGCUCAACAAAUUCACAGUAUACAGUAUGCCAAGGCUCAGAAGUUGGCACAGUUUCUCUUUGAAGGAACCGAAUUAUCAUUAAACCCAUCUUGCAAUAUGUUUAUCACCAUGAAUCCUGGUUAUGCUGGACGCCAGGAGCUUCCAGAUAACUUAAAGGUUUUGUUUAGAACUGUUGCAAUGAUGGUGCCAGAUUAUGCUUUAAUUGGUGAAAUAUCACUUUAUUCCAUGGGUUUUGUAGAAGCUCGAAAUUUGGCUGGGAAAAUCGUUGCUACCUACAAGUUAUGCUCUGAACAACUUUCAUCACAACAUCAUUAUGACUACGGGAUGAGAGCUGUCAAGUCGGUACUUACUGCUGCUGGUAAUCUCAAAUUGAAAUAUCCUGAUGAAUUAGAAGCAAUACUUGUUUUAAGAGCUAUAAAUGAUGUAAAUCUAGCAAAGUUUUUGGCUCAGGAUGUUCCAUUGUUUGAGGGGAUUAUAUCUGAUUUAUUCCCUGGAGUUAUUCUUCCCAAGCCAGACUAUGGCGUUUUAUACAAAGCUCUGAAUGACAAUAUAGAAAAACAAAAUCUACAACCUGUGCCUUGGUUCAUAAAUAAGAUAAUUCAGAUAUAUGAGAUGAUUUUAGUACGGCAUGGAUUGAUGAUUGUUGGAGAUCCUAUGGGUGGAAAAACUUGUGCUUAUCAAACUUUGGCUGCAGCCCUAACUGAUGUGUGUAAGCUUGGACCUGAAUGUGGAAUAACAGAGAAUAAGGUUCAAUACAGAAUCAUAAAUCCCAAAGCAAUAACAAUGGGACAAUUGUAUGGUUGUUUUGACCCCGCCUCCCAUGAGUGGACAGACGGAGUUUUAGCAAAUACUUUUCGGGAUUAUGCAAGUGAUCCAUCUGAAGAUAGGAAGUGGAUAAUGUUUGAUGGGCCUGUUGAUGCUGUUUGGAUUGAAAAUAUGAACACUGUCUUAGAUGACAACAAAAAGCUAUGCUUGAUGAGUGGUGAAAUAAUACAAAUGAGUGCUUCAAUGAACCUGAUUUUUGAACCUGCAGAUUUAGAACAGGCAUCUCCUGCAACCGUUUCGCGAUGUGGAAUGAUUUACAUGGAGCCACAUCAACUUGGAUGGAGGCCAACAAAGGAUUCCUAUUUAAAAUCACUUAGUGAUACAGAUAUUGCUGAAGAUUAUAUUUCAUUAGUAGAUGAUUUGUUUGAGUGGCUUGUUGAACCAGCUUUAUUUUUCUUGAAGCACAAGUGUACUAUGUUCUUGAAAACUUCAGACGUUCACCUAGUAUCAUCAUUGAAGAAACUCUUCAAUUGCUUGUUGAAAGAUAUGUUGGCAUCACAACCAAGUGACCUAGAUGAAUCUGUCCGCUUGAUGGAUACACAGCGUGGAAUCCAAUCAUUUUUUAUUUUUUCCCUUGUAUGGACUAUUGGAGCAACAAUGAAUACAAAAAGUCGCCUAUUAUUUGAUGAAUUUUAUAGAAAUCUUUUGCUUGGAGGGAACUUGGAACAUCCUAAGCCUAAAAGUUUUAAACUCAAUAAGCAACAGAUUUUUCCUGAAGAAGGCUUAGUCUAUGAUUAUAUGUUUAAUUAUGAAAAUUUUUCAUGGGUCACUUGGUUGAAUACUUUGAGCAAAGAAGAACUAGAAUUGCCUUUUGAUUCUAGAGUGAAUGAAUUAAUUAUUCCAACUAAUGAAACAGUACGCCAAAAAUUCAUGCUGAAAGUUUACACAUCUCAUGAUGUACCCGUUCUUUUUGUUGGACCUACUGGCACUGGAAAAUCAGCAAUAACAAAUAAUUUCAUCAUUAACCUUCCAAAAGAGAAGUAUUUACCCAACAGCAUAAAUUUCUCAGCCCGAACAAGUGCUAGCCAGACACAAGAUAUAAUAAUGGGAAAAUUAGAUAGACGAAGGAAAGGUGUCUUUGGUCCCAGCAUGGGAAAGAAAUGUGUUGUCUUUGUGGACGAUUUGAAUAUGCCUGCUAAGGAAGUAUAUGGUGCUCAACCUCCAAUAGAGCUUCUUCGCCAAUGGAUAGACCAUGGUCAUUGGUUUGAUAAAAAAGACACAUCAAUCUUAGAAAUUGUUGAUGUGAACCUUAUAACAGCUAUGGGACCUCCAGGUGGUGGCCGGAAUGAUAUUACAUCACGUUUUGUGCGACAUUUAAACAUAAUGGGGAUUGAUGUGUUUGAUGAUGAAACAUUGUGUCAUGUUUUUACUUCCAUUGUCAAUUGGCAAUUUUGUAAAGGUUAUGAUACAAAUAUUCAGAGGCUUGGAAAGGCUGUGGUUCAAGCCACUAAUGAGAUUUACAUUGCUGCUAUAGCUAAUUUUUUGCCUACACCUACAAAAAGCCACUAUGUUUUCAAUCUAAGAGAUUUUGCUAAAGUAAUUUAUGGAGUUCUUUUGAUGCCCAAAACUCAUCUUACUGAAGCUAACAAGCUGAUCCGGCUAUGGAUCCAUGAAGCUUACAGAGUUUUCUAUGAUCGUUUAGUAGACGAUUCUGACAGGUUAAAGUUCUUUGAAAUAAUAUCAGAAACAACAAAUCUGCACUUUAAACAGCCCUUGAACAAAGUGCUAUCCCAUUUGACAUCAGGUACUCUUGAGGAUGAUGAUAUUAGGAAUUUGUUCUUUGGAGAUUAUAUGCACCCAGAUGAGGAAACUCGAAUCUAUGAUGAAGUGCAAGAUUUAACAGAGCUAUCAGAAGUGAUGAAUGGGUAUUUAGAUGAUUUUAAUCAAAUGACCAAGACUCCAAUGCACCUUGUUUUGUUCAAAUUUGCUCUUGAGCAUGUUUCUCGUAUCUCCCGUGUUCUGAAGCAAGAUAAUGGUCAUGUUUUACUUGUUGGAAUUGGUGGUAGUGGUAGACAAAGUGCCGCUAGAUUAGCUACUUAUAUGGCUGGAUAUGAGACAUUUCAAAUUGAAAUCACAAAAAAUUAUACAAGUACAGAAUGGCGAGAUGAUAUUAAAAAGGUUCUUAGAAAAGCUGGAGCUGAUGGCAAAGCUACUGUGUUCCUCUUUAAUGAUAACCAAAUCAAGGAUGAAUCAUUUGUGGAAGACAUUAAUAUGAUUUUGAAUACUGGAGAUGUUCCAAAUCUUUAUGCAGCUGACGAGAGAGCUGACAUUUUGGAAAAGAUGCAGGCUGCUGCAAGAGAAACUGGCAAAAAAAUUGACACUUCUCCGUUAUCUCUGUACAACUUUUUUAUUGAAAGGGUUCGCCAGAAUCUUCAUAUGGUACUAGCCAUGAGUCCUAUUGGUGCUGCACUUCGAAACAGAUUGAGAAUGUUUCCAUCCUUAAUUAACUGCUGUACUAUUGAUUGGUUUCAGUCUUGGCCGGAUGAUGCUCUUGAAAUGGUAGCAAACAAGUUUUUGGAAGAAUCUGAUAUCGAUUCCAGUAUUCGUUUGGCUUGCGUGACUAUGUGCAAGCAUUUUCAUCAAAGUGUGUACAGUAUGUCUGAGAGAUUUUAUUUUGAACUUCAGAGAAAGAAUUAUGUUACUCCUACAUCUUAUUUAGGACUUAUUAUUACUUUCAAAGAUCUCUUAUCCAAAAAACAAGGUGACUUGCUGGCUCAAAAGAAUCGUUAUAUUGUUGGUCUUGAAAAGCUUGAAUUUGCUGCGUCUCAAAUAGCAGUCAUGCAGAACCAAAUUACAGAACUUCAGCCAGAACUUGUAAAAAAAGCUGCCGAAAUCGAAAGUCUUAUGGUUGUUAUUGAAGCCGAAACUGUUGAUGUUGAAUCGCAAAAAGAGCUUGUUGCAGCUGAAGAAUCAGUGGCUAAUAAGAAAGCUGCUCAAGCUCAGGCAAUUAAAGAUGAGUGUGAGAGAGAUUUAGCCGAAGCUAUCCCAGCCAUGGAAGCAGCUAUUGCAGCUCUUGAUACUCUUAAACCAGCUGAUAUAACUUUAGUUAAAGCAAUGAAAAAUCCCCCACCAGGUGUAAAAUUAGUCAUGGAAGCAAUAUGUAUAAUGAGAGGAGUAAAACCUGAAAGAAAACCAGACCCUAGUGGUUCUGGGAAAAUGAUAGAAGAUUAUUGGGGACCGUCUCAAAAAAUGCUUGGUGACAUGAAAUUUUUGGAUGCCUUGAAAUCUUAUGAUAAAGACAAUAUUCCAGAAUCUAUAAUUCAAAAAAUUCGACAAAAAUUUUCUUCAAAUCCAGAUUUUGACCCUGCUGUUAUCAAGAAAGUGUCAGUUGCAUGUGAAGGUUUGUGUCGCUGGGUGAGAGCAAUGGAUGUAUAUGAUCGUGUUAACAAAGUGGUUGCUCCGAAAAAAAUAAAAUUGAAAGAAGCUUCAGCUGAAGUAGCUAUUCAAAUGAAAGCUUUGAAUGAAAAGAAGAAAGCUCUGAAAGCUGUAACUGACAAAUUACAAGAGCUAAAUGAUACUUUUACCAGCAAAACUAAAGAAAAAAAGGAUUUAGAAGAGAACUUAGAGCUCUGCGAACAAAAGAAGGAGAGAGCCACAAAAAUGAUUGGUGGCUUAGGUGGGGAAAAGGAUCGAUGGAAUGCAGCUGCUCAGAACUUGACUCUUGCUUAUGGGAACAUAGUUGGGGAUGUUCUUUUGUCUUCUGGUGUAAUUGCUUAUCUAGGAGCUUUUACAGUGGACUUCAGACAAGAAUGCAUUUCAUCAUGGAAAUCUCUUUGCAAAGAGUCAGGAAUCCCUUGUUCAGAUGAUUUUUCAGUCAUUGAAACAUUAGGGGAGCCAGUAUUAAUAAGAGAGUGGCAAAUUGCUGGUUUGCCGGUAGACAAUUUUUCCAUAGAGAACAGCAUCAUCGUAAAAUUUGGUAGAAGAUGGCCUCUGCUAGUGGAUCCCCAAGGUCAAGCAAGUAAAUGGAUAAAAAAUAUGGAAAAGAAAAAUAAUUUAGAUGUAAUUAAAUUGACUGACAGCAAUUAUAUUCGUGUGCUUGAGUAUGCCUUGCAGUUUGGUCACCCUGUUCUUUUGGAAAAUGUUGGUGAAGAUCUGGAUCCUGUUCUCGAACCCAUACUAACCAAGGCUACCUUCAAAGAAGGUGGAAUGGAGAUGAUGAAAUUGGGAGAUAACAUUAUACAGUAUUCUCCAGACUUUAGGUUUUAUAUUACUACUAGGCUACAAAACCCACAUUACUUGCCUGAAAUUUCUGUCAAGGUUACCUUAAUAAAUUUUAUGAUUACUCCCCUUGGACUGCAAGAUCAGUUGCUUGGCAUUGUUGCGGCUAAAGAAAAUCCUGCUUUGGAAGAAAGUAAAAAUAAAUUAAUCUUGGAAAGUGCUGAGAAUAAGAGACAGCUGAAGGAAAUUGAAGAUCGAAUUUUGGAAGUUUUGUCAUCUUCUGAAGGGAACAUAUUGGAAGAUGAAACAGGCUGCCAUGUCUUAACAUCUUCUAAAAUUCUGUCUGAGGAAAUAUCAUCUAAAGAAAUAAUAGCUGAGGAAACAAAACUAGAAAUAGAUGCUGUGCGUAACGGUUAUCAACCAGUUGCUGUGCAUUCUUCAAUUUUAUUCUUUUGCAUUUCAAGCUUGAGUAACAUUGAUCCCAUGUAUCAGUAUUCUCUUUCUUGGUUUAUCUCUUUAUAUUAUCAGUCUAUUGAAAAUAGUGAAAAAUCAGAUGUUCUUGAAACACGAAUUGAGUGUUUGAAUGAUCAUUUCACAGCAAGUAUAUAUAGAAAUGUCUGCAGAUCGUUGUUUGAAAAAGACAAAUUACUUUUUUCAUUUUUGCUAUGCAUUGGUAUUUUGCGUGGAAGGAAUGAAGUAGAUGAAGAUGUAUGGAGAUUUUUACUUACUGGAGGGGUUGCUCUCGACAAUCCAUACCCAAAUCCAGCUCCUGAUUGGUUGACUGACAGAGCUUGGUCAGAAGUUGUAAGGGCUUCCAAUUUACCUCUUCUUGGAGAACUCAUGGAAAGUGUUAAAAGCAAUAUAUCAGCUUGGAAAGAAAUAUAUGAUUCACCUAAUCCCCACGAGCUUCAGUAUCCAUCUCCCUUUGAAGAAUUGACUGGAAUUCACAAGAUGGUCAUCCUGAGGUGUCUUCGGCCUGACAAGCUAAUACCUGCUGUUCAGAACUUUGUGUGCGAAAACAUGGGACAGUCUUACAUAGAGCCUCCUACUUUUGAUUUAGUUGGAUCCUAUGCUGACUCCUCUUGUUGUACACCUUUGAUAUUUAUCUUGUCUCCUGGAGCUGACCCCAUGGCUGCACUUCUCAAAUUCGGCACAGAUAUUAGCAUGACAGGAAGUAAAAUUCAAACAAUUUCCCUUGGGCAAGGACAGGGCCCAAUUGCUAAAUCAAUGAUUGAUAAAGCCUUAGUUGAUGGAUCCUGGGUUGUACUGCAAAAUUGUCACCUGGCAACAAGCUGGAUGAAUACCUUAGAAAACAUUUGUGAAGAAGUAAUUACUCCUGACAAAACUGAUAUAAAUUUUCGUUUGUGGCUGACAAGUUAUCCAGCUGAAUCAUUUCCUGUAUCAAUAUUACAAAAUGGUGUUAAAAUGACGAAUGAGCCCCCAAAAGGUCUCAGAGCCAAUCUCUUGCGUUCUUACAUCAGUGAUCCAAUAUCAAACACUUCUUUUUAUGCUGGUUGUAAUAAGCCUGAUAUAUGGUGUAAACUUUUGUUUGGCCUCUGCUUCUUUCAUGCUUUGGUUCAAGAAAGAAGAAAAUUUGGGCCUCUAGGCUGGAAUAUUCCAUAUGAAUUCAAUGAAUCUGAUUUAAGGAUUAGCAUGACACAACUUCAGAUGUUUCUAAAUGAUUAUGAAGAGUUGCCUUUAGAUGCUUUGACAUACCUUACUGGAGAGUGUAAUUAUGGUGGACGAGUAACUGAUGACAAAGAUCGUAGAUUGCUCCUUUCCUUGUUGUCAUUAGUUUAUACACCAGAAAUAAUUGUAGAACAAAAUUACAAGUUCUCUGAAAGCUCCCUAUACUUCAUCCCAGAUCAAUUGGAACACAAUGAUAUUGUAGAAUAUAUCCGUAGCCUGCCUAUUAAUCCACAUCCUGAAGUCUUUGGUUUACAUGAAAAUGCUGAUAUUACAAAAGAUAAUCAAGAAACACAACAACUUUUGGAUGGAAUUCUUCUAACUCAAGCUCGAUCAAGUGGUGCUGGAGCUCAAACCUCUGGUGACAUGAUCUAUGACUUAGCUGCUGAUAUCCUUGAGAAACUUCCUGCAGAUUUUGAUAUUGAAAUGGUAAUAGAAAAGUACCCUGUUGUUUAUACUGAGUCAAUGAAUACCGUUCUUCGGCAGGAGUUGAUACGUUUUAAUAGAUUAACAUCUGUUGUACGUGAUUCUCUAAAAAAUCUUCAAAAAGCUGUAAAAGGGCUUGUUGUAAUGUCUUCCGAAUUGGAGGAAGUAUUUGAUUGUAUGUUGGUCGGAAAAGUUCCCGCCAUGUGGGCUGCAAAGUCAUAUCCAUCCUUAAAGCCAUUAGGUAGUUAUAUAACAGACGUAUUAGCUAGGCUAAAAUUUUUUGGUUCCUGGGUUGAAACUGGAGCUCCGAACGUGUUUUGGAUUUCUGGAUUCUUUUUUACACAGUCAUUUUUAACAGGAGCUUCUCAGAAUUACGCCAGAAAAUACUGCAUACCUAUUGAUCUUCUGGGGUACCAAUUCGAAGUACUUUCCUUCGAGUCUGAUUCCGAUACAAAACCAGAAGACGGUGUUUAUGUAAAAGGUUUAUAUCUGGAAGGAGCGCGUUGGGAUCGUCAGAAAAUGAGACUCAAUGAGUCAUAUGCCAAAGUGCUCUACGACACCCUACCUGUCAUGUGGAUCAAACCAGGGAAGAAGUCAGACUUCCAGCCCUCUUCUUCGUACACCUGCCCCAUGUACAAAACGAGUGCUCGGAGGGGUACGCUCAGCACCACGGGCCACUCCACGAAUUUCGUGAUGAUGAUCGACUUGCCUUCCGACAAGCCCGAAAAGCAUUGGAUCAACCGGGGCGUCGCUUCGCUCUGUCAGCUGAGUGACUGAGAAGAUCAACUCGUAUGUUGAGGCACUAGGGAUGAAGAUUGAUGUGAUUGUUUAGUGUAUCUUUUUGUAGUCUGUUAGGA